AGCGGAUCAAACGCUGAGUGUUAUUGACAUAGUUGUUACCGGAGCAGUUAGACGUUUUGAGAUACUAAAAUACUCUUCUUCUUUUCUCUCGAAGGAAAAAAAUAAACUAAAAUACUCUUAUAUCAUCACUUCACUCUCCUUUUGCAUUAGGAAGAUACCUAUCAAAAAAUGGAAAAGGAAGCUCUACUUUGUUCUGUUGAUGCUGAUGAAAUGGUUUCUCAACAACCUAAAAGAUGCAAGGCUGGUCUUAUCACCAUGCCUUUCAUCAUUGCAAAUGAGGCACUUGCUAGAAUGGCAAGUUUGGGACUUUUGUCCAACAUGAUAUUGUAUUUGAUGGGAAGUUACAAGCUUCAUCUAGGACAAGCUACACAGAUACUUCUCUUGUUCUCUGCAGCUAGCAAUUUCACGCCUAUUGUUGGUGCUUUUGUUGCAGAUCCUUAUUUGGGUCGAUUCCUAGGUGUUGGAUUAGGUUCUGCUGUCAGUUUCUUGGGAAUGACACUGUUGUGGUUAACAGCCAUGAUCCCAGCGGCACGGCCUCCAGCUUGCAGCCAUCUAACUGAAGGCUGUAAAUCAGCAACAAAAGGGCAAAUGACAAUGUUACUCUCUGCAUUUAGUCUCAUGUCAAUUGGAAAUGGUGGUCGUUCAUGUUCCAUAGCAUUUGGUGCAGACCAAGUAAAUAGGAAAGAUAAUCCGAAUAACCAUAGGAUCUUGGAAAUAUUCUUCAGUUGGUAUUAUGCUUUCACAACUAUUUCUGUCAUAAUAGCUCUCACUGGAAUUGUUUAUAUCCAAGAUCAUCUUGGUUGGAAAAUUGGUUUUGGUGUUCCAGCAGCACUCAUGCUUUUGUCUACCCUCUUAUUCUUUCUUGCUUCUCCUCUUUAUGUCAAGGUUACAAGAAGAACCAGCUUGUUCACUGGUUUUGCACAAGUAACUGUUGCUGCCUAUAAGAACAGAAAACUUUCAUUACCACCGAAGAACUCACCUAAAUUUUAUCAUCACAACAAGGACUCGGAUCUUGUUGUUCCAACUGAUAAACUAAGGUUUCUGAAUAAAGCUUGUGUCAUUAAGGAACAUGGGCAAGUUAUAGCCCCUGAUGGUUCAGCAAUAAAUCCAUGGAGACUCUGCACCGUAGAUCAAGUAGAAGAACUAAAAGCCAUUGUUAGAGUUAUUCCAUUGUGGUCUACAGGGAUCAUGAUGUCCCUUAACAUUGGAGGAUCAUUUGGAUUGCUUCAAGCUAAAUCCUUAGACAGACAUAUCACCUCAAACUUUGAAGUACCAGCAGGAUCUUUUAGUGUUAUCAUGGUAGCUGCAUUAUUUAUAUGGAUAGUUCCCUACAAUCGCAUUCUUAUUCCUCUAGCAUCAAAGAUCAGAGGGAAACCAAUUAGAAUCAGUGCAAAGAGAAGAAUGGGAAUUGGAUUGUUGGUAUCUUUUCUGCACUUGGUAACUGCAGCAACUUUUGAGACUAUAAGGAGAAAGAAAGCAAUCAAGGAAGGAUAUCUGAAUGAUACUCAUGGAGUGUUGAAAAUGUCUGCAUUGUGGCUUGCACCUCAACUUUGUUUGGGUGGUAUAGCUGAAGCAUUCAAUGGCAUAGGCCAAAAUGAGUUUUAUUACACGGAGUUUCCGAGGACUAUGUCUAGUGUUGCUGCUUCCCUUUCUGGAUUGGGAAUGGUUGCAGGAAAUUUGGUAUCUUCUUUUGUAUUCAUCACUAUAGAAAACGUCACUUCGAGAGGAGAAAAAGAAGGAUGGAUAUCAGAUAAUAUUAACCAGGGUCGUUUUGACAAGUACUAUUGGGUUAUAGCCGGAUUUAGUGCUCUUAAUUUACUGUAUUAUCUAGUAUGCAGUUGGGCUUAUGGACCUACAGUUGAUGAAGUAUCUAAGUGUAAUAGUUCUAGUGUUGAAGUUAAUAAGAAGGCUAGGGUUCAUCCAUCUUCAAGCCAACCACCUCUAAAGUGUAAUAGCUCUACUGUUGGAAUUAAUAAGACGGCCAAGGUUCAGCCAUCUUCAAGCCAACCACCUCUAAAGGUGAGGAAGGAGAAGCUAGGUGAUAGAAUAACAGCACUUCACCAGCUAGUUUCCCCAUUUGGAAGGACUGACACGGCUUCUGUAUUGUCUGAAGCCAUUGGAUACAUCAAGUUUCUUCAUGGUCAAAUUGAGCUGUUGGAUGACACUGGCCUAAAAAGAAAGGGUGCUCCAAUUCCAAACCAGACUGCAAAAGCGAAUAAGGGAAAGAACUUGAGGACUAGAGGGUUGUGCUUAGUCCCUAUGUCAAGCCUUUGUCCUGCACACAACAUGUUGGAAGCACAAAUGGAGCUGAAUAUUUGCAGGGAGGCGUGGAAAUGAGUUGAAGCGAGUUAGGUUUUGCACGACUCAAGUUUGACCUGGUACAAAAAUAAAGGCAUAUGUCUUUGCCGUUACCUAUUAAAGGCUUGUAAUAAGUGGUGUAAAUAGAUUAACGAACUAAUAGAGUGUUGUAAAUAAGUGGCGUAAAUAAGUUUUUUGUAAUUAUUAAUCAAGAUUCUAUUUGAGCAAAUUAAUGCUUGUCCUAUUUUCAUAACAUUGAAAUACAAUCAGAAAUAUUUUCUACAUGGUAUCACGAGUUUCCAGUUUUGGGGGUCUUGCUUCCGAAACAUAAACCUUAGUUGU